AUGGGUAGUCGGAAGUCAAAGCAUAUUUGUUCUAAAACAGAAUUAACUUCUACAGAAAUUGCUGAGAUUUGUUCUAAAACAAAUUUACCAGAUAGUGAAGUUCAUCGUCGUCAUUUAGCAUUUCUUGAACAAUAUCCUACUGGCCUAAUUACACGUGAACAAUUCUAUGACAGUUUAGAUGAAGUUUGGCCAGAAAGUCAUAUCGAUAAAUUUGCUUCACAUCUUUUUACCAUUUUAGAUCAAGAUCGAAAUGGUGCAAUUGAUUUUAUAGAAUACAUAAAUCUAACACAUAAAUUAGAUUCAAAUAAUGUUAAUCCACAAAAUCAUGAUGAAACAAUAUUUUUUGAAUUACUUUUUGAUAUGUUUGAUAGAAAUCAUAAUGGAUAUUUGGAAAAACGUGAAUUAAAACCAUUGAUUGAAUCGAUAUAUGAUUUAGCUGGUUUGUCAUCGCAUGAAAGACGUGGAUUAAAUUCAACGCAUGCUCAAGUAAAAUACUUAUUGAAUAAACUUGAUAAAAAUGGUGAUAAACGUUUAUCAAAAGAAGAAUUUCUUAGUGAAGAAAAUUGGAGUAAUGAUGAAAGACUAGGACGUUUCUUUGCCACUUAUUAUGAUGUAAAUAAUUAA